UCUCAGUUUUGAUGUGUCACUGUUCCUCCCUCUAAUUCUAAUAAAAACCUCCUGGUUUAGACAGAAGUCAUCAUGACUCCACUUCUAUCUGAAGAGCAGAAGCCUUCCUCCACCUGAGCAGGUUUGGAAACAACCGUGAAGAUGUACCUGUUUCCUCGGAUGAUGCUGCUGUUGCUGCUGUCGGCUGGAACCAGUCUGGCUGUGGAUACUAACUGGUUGACUGGUAUUGUUGACGGCCUCCGGAAAGAGUACAGGAUACAGACUCAGUUCUGUUUGGCUGCAAACAUCCCAGAGGGUCAGGACCCAAACACACUGAACCAAGUCCUUCGGAACGACCGCUACUCUGACAGUCUUCAGGAAGAACUUGACUCUGACCGACUGUACAAAGGAACCGCUGUGGUUAUAGCUGUACCUGCAGAUGCCCAACAUGCUGAACGUUCAGUCCUACAAAACUUAGAUCCACUGAUGAGGAACGCCCAGGGAAACGUCCUGGUCAUCUACUCCUACCUCUCCCCAUGUGACAAGUGUGCAGGCCUCGGAAACAGAAAGUACAGCAUCAUUCCACUGAUUCAAAACAAAGUCCUGAGACACUGGAAUGACUAUGCCUUUGUGUUUACAACUCUCUUUACCAAUCCAGGUCAAUCAGAGCAAAGUCAAUCUGUUACACGUGGUCCAAAGGAGUUAAAACAAUCCCUGAUUUCUCUGGGCAACUCUGGGUUCGGUCUCAGAAACAUCUUCCGCUGUUACGAACCACAGGGAGAGCUUCAGUGCUACAGCUGCUCGACUGAUAACAGGGUCACGAAUGUUUGCGUUGAUGACAACGCUCAGCCUCAAGAGGGAGGAAGUAGCAGCAGCAGCGAUAGAAGUAGGAGCAGCAGCAGCUACGACAGAGGUAGAAAGAGACGCAGAUACAGGACUCAGAGUGAAAGCAGCAGUGGAAGCGACAGAGGUAGAAACUGGGACAGGAGCAACAGGAGGAGCAGCAGCAGUGGAAGAAGAAGCAGCAGCAGAAGCAGCAGCAGUGGAAGAAGAAGCAGCAGCAGAAGCAGCAGCAGUGGAAGAAGAAGCAGCAGCAGAAGCAGCAGUGGAAGAAGAAGCAGCAGCAGGAGAAGAAGCAGCAGCAGUAGGAGAAGAAGCAGCUGGAGAGGUUAAAAGAUUUCAGGGUCAAGUCAGUCAAAUUUGCAUCGUCCCUGAACUCAACCUGAAUGAGAGAAAAACCUCCUUCAUGCUAAAAAAAACCAAAAAACGCAGCAUUUCCCGCUUCAUUGAGCAAAGCUACAGGCGCAUAAUAUUUAGUGUGAACCUCGAACUUUCCUUACAGGUUCAAAAUGCUUGUUAUCUUUAAGUUAAAUGUCCAGAAUGACACCAUGUGUCUGUUAGAAACUGCAAAAACGAACAGAAAUGUUGGGUUUCCUGAUGGUCUCUGAAAGGGUCAGGCAUGUGUGGCGUGUCGUUACAGCGUCAAGUUUAAAAUUGUGACCUCUCAUCAGAAUCAUUUUAUUCGACAUUUCUAAUUAAAAACUCUCACCGUUUGCACUAAAUUCUAAAAGAUUCUAGAACUAAGAGGUCUGAGCUCCUCUAGUGAACUGCAGACAGUGUUUUUGUAGAGGAGAGAGGGGAUGACAAGAAACUGAAAACUGUCCAAAAUGACUCAAAAAUUGUCACUUUGAACUAAUUUUGAACAGUUUGCAUUGAUUUAGAGAAUCCUUGAGUCGGUUUGGACAGAGUUUUGAGUAAUUUUUUCAACGCUUUGGGCAAAUUUUGAGUCAUUCUGGACAGUUUACUGUCACCAUGGUCAAAUUGCAAAUCUUUCUGAACACCUUCAGAUUGAAGGAAAAUCAAACCUAAAGGAUCGAUAAAUAAAUGCAGCAGGACGCAGAAACAGUGAACAGAGGAGCAAGUUGAUGAAGAUACAUUCAGCACGGUGAAACAUCUUUCUACAGAUGAUGUAAAAAGUAGAGAAAAUGUUUGUAAUCAUUUGUGGCAUUCUGAGAUUUAAGAGUUUUCUCCUUCAUGCUUCUAUAGAGGUACAGGAUUUUAUAAAAAUGUGACCGAAGUAGAAUAAAAACACCCUGAACUUGCUGUUUGAAGCUCAGAAGAUGAAAGUAAAAUUCUGUAGACAUUAAGUCAUGUUGUGUUUCUGUAAAUGAAUCUUUAGCUGCUUUGUUCUUCUGAAUAAAACUCAGCUUCAGCAUCAAA